AUGCCUCGCCAGCGCCGCCCUAUUGAAGAGAAACUGUCGACCGAUAGUAAGCCUGCAGGGAUAACGGCUGUCGGGGAGGAGGCUCACAACUUAGUAAAACGACUAUUGCAUUGGGACGAUCUACCUCAUUGGCAACGCGACAACCACCACAUCCAUACGGGAUAUCGGCCCGCCUCGUCCUCGUUUUUAGGUUCAUUUCAAUCCCUGGGUUACGUUCACAAUGAGACCGUGAACAUCUACACCCACCUCUUGCCAGCUCUGGUUGCUGCCCCCGCCGCAUAUGGGCUCUAUCAUUUGCUUUCUCCGCGGUAUCAAGCCGCAGCCGAUUCUGAUAUCCUCGCUUUUGCCUGUUUCUUCGCGGGGGCUGCAUUCUGUCUUGGCAUGUCUGCAACCUAUCACACCAUAUCAAAUCAUUCGCCUGUGGUUGCACGCAUUGGAAAUGCCCUCGACUAUAUCGGCAUCGUGGGUCUCAUUGUGGGGAGCUUUGUACCCAGCGUCUUCUACGGAUUUUAUUGUGUACCCGAUCUUCAGCACAGGUAUUGGACCAUGAUCUGUACCAUUGGGCUAGGCUGUGUGAUUGUGUCCGCUUCUCCCCGGUUCCGCACGCCGCGCUGGCGUCCAUUCCGCGCUGGCAUGUUUGUCGGGAUGGGUCUGUCUGCCGUUAUCCCCGUACUCCAUGGGGCUCUCCUCUUCGGAAUUGACCAGAUGCGGCAGCAGAUCGGUCUGGACUGGCUUCUUUUGCAGGGCUUCCUGUAUAUUCUUGGAGCCGGAAUCUACGCAGCCCGAGUACCUGAACGACUCAUGCCCGGAAAAUUCGACAUCGUGGGGAGUUCGCAUCAAAUCUUCCACGUGCUGGUGGUCUGCGCAGCGGUAGCGCAUCUGACAGGGUUAUUGAAGGCAUUCGAUUAUCGGCACAGCGGGGUUGCCGAGACCUGUCAGAUUCCACGAGGCUGA